AAUACAUUUAUCUUUCCAUCUAUCUAUUUCUUUAUCCAGCUAUUUACACAUAUGUUGUUAGCUGUUAUAACAGCUCUGGCACGAUCUACCUAUUGACUGUUAUGGCAGCCAUCACCGUCCUCCUCCUCCUGGCUGUAGCUGUUGUUGUGUACUUCAAGUGUCGCCUCAACAUGAAACUCUGGCACAAGAACUCCUACGGAGACUAUGAACUCAGUGAUGGCAAAUUAUGUGACGUCUACAUCUCGUAUGUGAACAAUGAUCAUGACAGGAAGUUUGUCAACUUUAUUCUCAAACCUCACCUGGAGAGUAAAAAUGCGUACAAGGUGCACCUCAAUGACAAUGAUAUCCUACCAGGCUCAGGUAAGCCUUAUCAGCAAUACUACCGUUGAAUUAAUAAUAAAUUCAUUGUCUUCAUAGUUUGUUGGUUUCAAAAUUCACAGGCCAG